CGCUUCGGCGUGUUCGUCCCUGCAAGAGCACACUACCGCUUCGGCGCGUCAGUCCCUGCUAGAGCACACUACCGCUUCGGCGCGUCAGUCCCUGCCAGAACACACAGACGACACGCUCUCUGAUCGAGAUGUGCAGAUGGAGGAUCCAUCGUAUGACUUUGUGUCGUAUGAUGUUGGAGCCUUCAAUUUAAUGCCUUCUUCGGCUUUGUUGGCGGACGCUUCUGAUGUGCGGCAUGAAGGUGAUACUUCUGUCGAAAAUCCAUACUUUUUCGAGCAUACGACCGCUUCGGCGUGUUCGUCCCUGCAAUAUGAGCAUACGACCACUUUUGUGCGUUCGUCCCUGCCAUCACGACAAAAACGAUCGUGGCAUACCGCCUUUGGCGUGUCCCUGCCUGAUCAUGUUGAGGACUCUCCCGAGGACUCUCCUGCCGAUUUGCAGCCGAUGGAAGCUGAGGAUGAAUCCCCAGCUCGGUCUGACCUCCAACGCUACAUAGCGAUGACCGAUGAUGAGCUUUUGGCUCUCAUCAACCCCUCCACCGACGCCGUAACCACCACCGCCACCCCAGAACCCGCCGCCUCUUCUCUCCCGCUCCUCACGUCAGAGGAUCUUGAUGCCAUCCGUGCUCAAGUUGCCGCCGAGGCCGAGGAAGAUGACAGUGGUUCCGUCUCUUCUCUCCCUUCUCUCCGUUCGGAAGAUCUUGCUGCUCUCCGUGCUCAGCUCGACGCUGAGGCAGAAGAUCUUG